AUGUCAGCACUGUAUAUCAGAGCUGUAUCUACUUGUACACCUUCACAACGCCUUUUCUUUCCUCUUAAGCAGCUGAGGAGAACAUCUCCCCUGAGCAACAUGAGACGCAAAUCACACCACAGACAGCAACAGUACCCCACAGGACUAUGGCACCUCCUGCAAUGCCACCGAAAGAUCAGCUUUCAGUUUCAGCUUAAACACCACACUGGAGAACACUUGAUGGAGCAAAAGAGGCCUAAAUCACACAAGUUCCAAUCCUGUCUGCUGUUGUGUAUGAAGGAUCGGGUGAGGAUGGAGCACAGGCAGCAAGAAAGCACCAGGGACAAACUGAGGGAUCUGGCCCUCAAAUGGUUCACCGAGACCCAGGCUCCUCUCAUCUUGCACAAGGGCAACUUUCCUGCCUGGUUUCAGGGCUUCAUCAGCCGAAAGGAUGCAGAAGAUUAUCUACGAGAUAAAGAGCUGGGUUGUUUCCUUAUUCGCCUCAGUGACAAAGCCACAGGAUAUAUUCUUUCAUACAGAGGACGUGAUCGGUGUCGACACUUUGUCAUCAACCAGAAUAAGGAGGGCCAGUUUAUCGUGACAGGAGACGUUGAAAUGCAUGACACACUCACCAGCUUAAUCGAGCAUUACAAGACAAAGCCUAUUGAGCCAUUUGGGGAAUAUCUAACAGAGUCAUGUUCUGAGUCAUCCACAGAUGAUAUAUAUGAUGCAGUGCAUCCUAUGUCAAGCAAGAAGCCUAUGGUAAAUGUGGAAGCAGUAAGGAAGAUUUGGGACCAGCGUGCUGAACAGUCAACUCAGGUUCAGCGCCCUCCAAACAUGCCACCAAAAAAGAUCAGAAACACUCAGGCACAGGCUGUCCCUCCAGUUCCACAAAGAGGUUACCCACUAAAGACUAGUUCCUUGGACGAAACAUCUGUGCUGUAUGCCCAGCUGGAAAAGGUCCGACCACAAGACAGAAUAAAAUCUUCUCCAGCCAGAUCUCCCCAGGCGAAUCAAGCAGGCGCAACGUCAGUCUCUGGUCCACAGAAAUGUAGCAGUAAGGACGAACCCGCUCAGGACUUUGGCACUGUUUAUACAGAACUCAACCUGUCGGACUGCAGAAGUAAAUCGCUUUCUGUAUUGGAUGAUACAAUGAAAGAGGAGCAUUCCUUCAGGCACAACACAACCUCAUUUUUCCAGUUUCAACUGGCACAGAGCCUCCAGAGACACAUCGCCAAGAAGCAUAGCAGCCAAGUGGCACAAAGCCACAGCAACAGUCUGGACAAGAUGUACGAUAAUUCCAUAUAUCAGCUGGCUGGUCAGCCUGCCAAUCCCAGAGACAUGAAGCAGCCCCUGAAUAUUGAUGCUCUGUAUGCUGAGGUGCCGUGUCAGCCUGUGCCAAACUGUUUGCUUGCAGAGAACACUUAUGAGCAGAUUCCUGGCCUACAGCCCAGUGCAAAUCCAAUGGCACACUUGGAACAGGGAAACACCUAUGAGGCGCUAGAAAACAUCAAACCUAGAUCAAGUGAAUCAGGCAGGGGCAUUAAGAAUGACAAAUGGAAACGGCUGCUCCCUGACCAAUGGAAAAAGUGACAAGGUCCUCAUCAUCUGCAGCGUUACAACAAAUUACACUAACAUGGAAAAACAGUCAUUUUAUUAAACUUAUUUAUUUUAAGUCUAUUUUUGAUACUGUACAAACAACUGA